ACUCGAGGGGGCGGUUAUAGUGCACGGGGUUUAAAAAUAUAUUUUAAAAAGCCGUUAGACGGUAUGUAAAUAGUAAAGGCUUGGAAGGGGGAAAAAACCAAAUAAAACACGUAAGAAGCAGCAGGAGGAUAACUGACAGUAUCCGAGGCACGAUGGCGGGAGAUAGCCAACAGGUGUCUCAGCUGUUGAUGAGCCAAAGAUUAGACCUGACACAAGGAGCUGACUUCUUAGAUCCCAACAUGCAGCAAAAACUGGAAGGAGUAAAAGGUCUGAUUCGGCGUGAAAUACAAAAGGAACUUAAAAUCAAAGAAGGAACAGAGAACUUGCGCAAGGUAAUGACAAAUAAAAAAAAUCUGGCACAUGUAGAAAACAUUCUAAAGAGCUCGAAUCAAAAACUGGAACGCCUGCAUUGGGAACUUCAGGAGCUGAAUGCACAAAUUGUUGUCAUGGAUAGGGACAAUCUGAGAGAUAGUGAAUUAUCUCCAGACUCCUGUUGCUGGGAGCAGUGUGCAUCACCACUGAACAAUAGAAUCGCAGCUCUAAAGAGACAGCUAAAUAUUGAGUUGAAGGUGAAACAAGGAGCAGAAAACAUGAUCCUAAUGUAUUCAAAUGGAUCAUCAAAGGAUCGUAAAAUGUUAGCAACAGCACAGCAGAUGUUGCAAGACAGCAAGAUAAAGAUUGAUAUAAUUAGAAUGCAGAUCAUCAAAGUAACUCGAACUAAUGGAACACCUGAGGAUGUCAGUGAAGGUCUAGGGACCAUCAGCCCUCUGGAGCUGCGCAUUGAAGAACUGAGACACCACCUCCGUGUUGAGUCUGCAAUAGCAGAUGGUGCAAAAAAUGCAGUGAAAUUUCUGGAUGGAAGGAAGGAUCAAGACAGGAGAGUACUGGCAGAGGCUCAAUCACAAUUGCGGGAGUCAGCCCAGAGAAUGAACCUGCUUCGCAUGUCACUGGAGUGCCGCUUAAAAGAGCUCCCUAAUGAUCAUCCCGUUCAGGAAGUUAUCAACGAAGAGCUGCAAAUGGUGAAUUCACCCUCGGUGGCAUUAACGCAUGUUGGUGCUUCAUAUCUCUCCAUGGCUUUUAUUAAAUCGGCAGCACUCACAGGGAUAUUAGAAGUGAAAUUAAUAAGGUGCCACCAACUUCUUGAAAAUGUUCCAGCUUGUUUUUGGUUGGGAAAUGCUUCCACUAGUCCUGAAACACCUCUGUCAUCUGUCAAGGCACGCACAGGAAUGAAUAUUCAUGGCCGUCAUGCAUUAAGUCGAUAUUUAAAAUCUGAAGAGCCAAGUACUGAAGUGAGUGCUAUUCUGAAAUUGGACAAUCAAAUCGUAGGACAAACACACUGGCGUUCAGUGAAGAAUCAAGCAUGGGAUCAGAUUUUCAGCAUUGAACUCAACAGGAAUCGGGAGUUGCAAAUUGCUGUUUACUGGCGGGAUUGGCGAGAGCUCUGUGCAGUAAAGUUCUUGCGACUUGAAGACUUUCUGGACAAUCCGUGCCAUGCGUUGACUGUGUGUUUGGAGCCACAGGGGAUACUUCAUGCAGAGGUGACCUUCUGUAGUCCUGCCAUUGAUCGAUGCCCAAAGCUACGACGUCAGAAUCGAAUCUUCCCCAAAGAGAAAGGAAGAAACUUUCUUCGAGCAUCACAGAUGAACAUCAAUAUUGCCACUUGGGGCCGUCUAAUGAUGAAUAUGCUGCCUCCUUGUAGCACCACAACAACAAGUCCACCGCAACCUCCAGAUCACAGUUUCGCACGGAACCAUUCCAACACCACGUCACCAGAAUCAAGGGACUUUACACCUGUCAACCUAAACUUCAGCCCAGAGCUUCUUCCCAAGCCAACUCGGAUUUUUAUAAAUUGUGCCUCAGAAGAAAGGAUGCUUUUAUUGGCUGACAAUCAGGAUGUAGUUGAAAAUGACACAGAUAUGAUAACUCAACAGAUUAACCAGUUUCCCGAUGUAUCAAAUAAAGCUUGGUUUACACCCAGCCAACAGAUCUUGCACAUUGAAGAUUUCAACUGUUUGACCGUGCUUGGACAGGGUCAUUUUGGAAAGGUGCUUCUUGCAGAAUGUAAGUUGACAAAAAAAGUGUUUGCUAUGAAAGCUUUGAAGAAAGGAAGGAUAGUGUUUCGAGAUGAAGUAGACAGCCUGAUGUGUGAGAAAAGAAUCUUUGAAACUGUGAGCUCUGCUCGACACCCUUUUCUAGUGAACCUCUUUGCCUGCUUUCAAACUCCAAAUCAUGUUUGCUUUGUGAUGGAGUAUGCACCUGGAGGGGACCUGAUGAACCACAUUCACUCCAAUGUCUUCUCAGAACCCCAAGCUCGGUUUUAUUCGGCCUGUGUAAUUCUUGGCUUGCAGUUUCUACAUGAAGAAAAAAUAGUUUACAGGGAUCUGAAGUUGGACAAUUUAUUGAUGGACGCUGAAGGUUAUGUGAAAAUUGGUGACUUUGGACUUUGUAAAGAGGAAAUGGGUUUUGGUGAUCGCACAGAUACAUUUUGUGGAACUCCUGAAUUUCUGGCUCCAGAACUACUCACGGAUACCUCCUACACUCGAGCGAUUGACUGGUGGGGUCUGGGAGUCCUCAUUUAUGAAAUGCUUGUGGGAGAGUGCCCUUUUCCAGGAGAUGAUGACGAUGAGAUAUUUGACAGCAUUGUUAAUGAUGAGGUACGCUACCCACGAUUCCUAUCAACUGAGGCGAUUUCUAUCAUCAGAAAGCUGCUGAGAAAGAAUCCAAAACAUCGUUUAGGCACCAGUGAUCAGGAUGCAGAGGAAGUGAAAAAAGAAAUGUAUUUUGUGGAAGUUGAUUGGGUGGCCUUAUUUGCUCGAAGAUUAAAGCCACCGUUUGUACCGAAACUAAAUGGCCAAAAUGAUGUCCAGAAUUUUGGUAAAGAAUUUAUAACCCAGAGACCAAUCUUGUCAUUUUCUGACUUGAGGAUACUAACGUCACAGGAACAGGCCAUGUUUGAAGGGUUUGAUUGUCUGACUGACCUGUAUAAAGAUUACUGACUUCAUUAGGGUCUGUGCUGAUGUCAUGCCUCGUAAGAAUGCUGAGUGCUUACUGCUGGGCAAAGUGAGAAAGGGAGGCCUUUGCUGCAAUGAUGUUUGAAACAUCUAGUUACUACCAGAUUUGAAUGUUAACAUUUAGUUUCCAAGAUGAGAUUCCCUGAGCAUUUGUUUCAUUUUGUGAAUGUAAAUUAUUCCUCUUCCGGAAUCAAUAUGUAACCUUUAAUAUAGAAAAUUGUUGAUGUGCAAGAGAUUGGAAAUGAACUACACUAUUGCAAUGGGGGGGAAGGGGCUCCUAUACUGAGAAGAGAACUUUUAUCUUGAAAUUAAUUCUCCACAAUUUUACUUUUAUCUAAGUUGUAGGUUGCUAUUUGCACAAUUCUCACUUUCUGUAUUUAACACGCACUGUCUUGGGCAAGGCAACCUUCCAAAUUUGCCAUCUUAUUUUUCUGAUCAGGAUACUGUAAAUUUUCCUGGAACAGCACAGGUUCUUUCAUUUUUCCCCACCAUGUAUAUGGAGGCAAACUUGAAUGGCAUCAUAGUCUUUUGACAAUAGUAAAAUUAUAGUUGAACAAUUAUGGAGUGUGGGUGGAGGUUAAUUAUGAGCUAAUUUGUUCCACUUCUCUUCCUGCUUCCCCACCAGCUUCCUCAAAUUUGGAAAAUAUUGUUCUAUCUCUUGCCUUCUAUCACUCAGUGAUGCAUUUGUGGAUAUAUUCAAAUAGCCUUUCAAUAUGUGAUAGCUUUAUCUCUCUGUACCUUUCUAGAGCAGAGAGGAUAGCAGGAAAUCUGCGUCCUGGAAACUAAAGAUGAUGUAACUAUCAAAAGCAUAGCCAUGGCCCUUUUGAUUUCUCUUUUUCGAGGGAAUCUAUUUGGCCUGUCACCACAUCUAUAAAAUUAGAACCAGGACAUGACAGGUGAUUGUUGUUCAUGAUAACUUUUAUCACUUUGGUUUGCCAUUAAGUAUGUCCAUGUGUUUCUAGCACUUGUGGGGAAAGCAAGUAUUUUAAAAACUAUUGCACUUUAAAUAUCCAUUGACAUUUUUUUGCUCUGUUGCCAUUAACGAAUGAGUAGAUUAUUAAAUGGUUUAAAAGUGAGUUGUAGAGGGAAACUUUUAUUGUUGCUCAGAGAACUGUGUUGGAGGUGAUGAUAUUGAGCUUCCAUCGUGCAUUCAAUGUUUCCAAAUCUUAAGAUUGGGAGAUUAGUAACUAUCAAGAACAUAAUAGGAAAUCUGAGCAAAUUCAUCCUUCUGUUAAAUACACCCAUUAGCAGAGAGAUGAGAAUGGGCUGCAGUCCUGACCUAGUUGUGUAGUCUGAGGAAUGGCGGUAUAACUACAAGUAUUCGGGUAUUAAAAGCAUAUCAUUCAGAAAUCUUGGGGUAUUGCUUUAUUAUGAAGAAAAACAAAGCUAUUUAUUUUUUUUGUGCAAUGCUAAUUUUGUGCGGACAUAUAAUAUGGAAAUUGUCCAAACUGUUUUUUAAAAAUUAAAGAGCAUUGCUCCUAUUUAUAGAUGUAACUUAUGGUUUGUAUUUGAUAAAUUCAGCAAAAUAAAAUUUUAAUUUCUUUAAUCUAUUGCUACUCUUUGACAGCUUCUUAGCAGGAAAGGUCUAGUUCUGGCAUAGAGCCUGCCCAUAUAACACAAGGCCUGGAAAUUG